UUAUUAUAAAUAAAAAGUGUGAGCGGGGGCUCUCAAAUUUCUGUCUCAGACUCAGACUAGGGUUUUUCGCUUCCCUCCAAACUCCGGUCUCUGAAGGAUCGACUUUGCUUGCACAAGUACUCUGCAUUUGAAUGUUGACAUAGGCUUACUUGCACUAGUUGGAAGAGGUCCUUUAAUCGGGGGAGGCAGGGGAUAACAACAACAAAUCUGUUGCCCCAGUAUGGAAGCUGAAAAAUCUGAUGUUUCACGAGCCGAGGAAUUCAAAGUCCAGGCAAAUGAAGCAUUUAAAGUCCGCAAAUAUGCUCAAGCUAUUGAUUUGUACACACAAGCAAUUGAAAUAGACAGUCAAAAUGCUGUAUAUUGGGCUAACCGGUCAUUUGCUCAUCUCAAACUGGAGGAAUAUGGCAGUGCUAUACAGGAUGCUUCUACAGCUAUUGAAGUUGAUCCUAAAUAUUCCAAGGGUUAUUACAGGAGAGGUGCAGCUUAUCUUGCCAUGGGAAAAUUCAAAGAAGCACUCAAAGAUUUUCAGCAGGUGAAGAGAAUAUGUCCCAAUGAUCCUGAUGCUACCAAGAAGUUGAAAGAGUGUGAGAAAGCAGUGAUGAAGAUUAAAUUUGAAGAAGCAAUUGCUGCACCACAAUCUGAAAAGAGAUCUGUUGCAGAAUCUAUUGAUUUCCAUACUAUAGGAGCAACCCCCAGUUCACCAUCAGUUUCCACUCAAGUGGCUGUAGCAGCUGUGACAGUAGCAAUUGCGGCAGCGAUGGUGAUGAGAGUGGGAACAACAACAGGCAUAGUGGUAGCCACAAUAUUGGGGGUGCUGCUGAUUGUUCUUGGGGCAUAUUGGUGGUCUGGCUGCAUUGGUGGUGUUCGUGUCAAAAAUCGAGUUAAUGACCUAGAUGUGGAGCCACAGUAUUCAGGCGCACGGAUAGAAGGAGAUACUAUUACGAUGGAAUUUGUAAAGAAAAUGAUGGAGGAUUUUAAGAAUCAAAAGUGUUUACACAAACGAUAUGCAUUCCAAAUCGUAUUACAAACAAGAGAAAUGUUGCAGGCCCUGCCUUCUUUAGUUGAUGUAACUGUUCCAGAGGGCAAUCACUUUACUGUUUGUGGUGAUGUGCAUGGUCAGUUCUAUGACCUCUUAAAUAUUUUUGAGCUUAACGGGCUUCCUUCAGAUGAUAAUCCCUAUUUAUUCAAUGGUGAUUUUGUGGAUAGAGGAUCGUUUUCUUUGGAGGUCAUCCUCACACUGUUUGCAUUCAAGUGCAUGUCUCCAUCAGCCAUGUACCUUGCAAGGGGAAAUCAUGAGAGCAAAAGCAUGAACAAGAUAUAUGGUUUUGAAGGAGAAGUUCGCUCCAAGUUGAAUGAAACAUUUGUGGAACUAUUUGCAGAAGUUUUUUGCUGCUUACCUCUGGCUCAUGUAAUCAAUCAGAAGGUCUUUAUUGUUCAUGGGGGUCUUUUUAGUGUUGAUGGAGUGAAACUUUCUGACAUUAGAGCUAUUGACCGCUUCUGUGAACCUCCCGAGGAAGGGUUGAUGUGUGAAUUGCUGUGGAGUGAUCCACAACCUUCACUGGGAAGAGGACCUAGCAAACGUGGUGUUGGCCUUUCUUUUGGUGGUGAUGUGACGAAAAGAUUUUUGCAGGAAAACAAUCUAGAUUUAGUUGUGCGCUCUCAUGAAGUAAAGGAUGAAGGGUAUGAGAUUGAGCAUGACGGUAAACUAAUUACUGUAUUUUCUGCACCAAACUACUGUGAUCAGAUGGGCAAUAAAGGUGCUUUUAUAAGAUUCGAAGCACCUGAACUAAAACCAAACAUUGUUACAUUCUCAGCAGUGCCACACCCUGAUGUGAAGCCAAUGGCAUAUGCAAAUAACUUCCUGCGAAUGUUUCAAUAGUUCCCUUCCCGGAAGGGGAAAGACGAACAAAUUGCAUUUUGUGCACAGUAGAUUGUCUGCAAAAUUACAAAAGAAAAUGGAGAUAGCCCAAAUACAGUAAUGACGUGUUUGUGAUGUGAUGAUGAUCUGCUAGAGAAAACACCACACAAUUCGUUUAUUUAAUAUUUUGUAGUCACUUGCACCUUUGAAGAAUAUUUAUUGCAUUUUGUUUGAUACCCGUUUUCCCUGUUAUUUUUCUUUUUUUACUUUACUUCUGACCUGGAAUGGAAGUCAGGUUAGAUGGAAAGAGAAAGACACAUGAAUCUGCUUUGUUGAAAUAGACUGCUCAAAUCUGUAUUUAUUUAUUGAUUGUUUUCCCUCUUUUUUCUUC